UCAUAAAACUCAAGUUCAACACUCAUAUGCUCCGUUGACAGAGAACCUGCUUGUCAGUCUGUGCAUCGAAACAAAAAUGACAUUGAUGUUGAAUAGUAAAGAUUUUGUAGAGCAAAUUUGAAAAUGAUUUCCUAAAUUUUGUGUUGUUGCUAUAUUUCUGGCGGUCUCAAUAUGGAUAAAUUAACUACCAUAAGUGCGGCAUUGUUUAUGGCAGCCGACGUGUGUGCUAUUGUUAGUCUUGCUAUGCCAGAUUGGAUUGUGACCAGUGUCGGUGGAGAAACUCGUCUUGGUUUAAUGUGGACCUGUAUGACUUUAUACAACCGACCUCAGGUUUGCUUCACGCCGGAGCUACAACCGGAAUGGCUAAUUGCCCUAAUAUGUAUCUUUGUGGGAUGCAUUUGCAUCACGACAACUAUUAUUCUUCUUGCGUCCAGCAACUGGGACCGGAAUGUGAUCCCAUACGCCCGAUGGGUUGGUUUUACAGCCAUGGUUCUCUUUUGCUUAGCUGCGGUCAUAUUCCCACUGGGAUUUCACGUAGAUGAGAUUGGAGGCCAACCGUACCACUUGCCACACUCGCACCAGGUCGGAAUUUCUUACAUCAUGUUUGUACUAGCUCUCUGGAUAACGGUAAUCUCGGAAUUGUUUGCAGAAAAGGUGUGUCUGCCACAGUUUUAAGGUGGUGCUAGUAAAGUAAUUGCUACAUGGACACAGUAUUCAUCAAACAUGAUCCAUAGUUUCUAUUUUAAGGGAUUGAUAUUACUUUAAUCCUGACCGACACUUACUUUAAGUUAGUUAUUAACCGAUAAAUAAAAAAUGUGAUAUUUGUA